UCGCAGCUUCUGUUCCUCACCCGUAAACACGUGCAGCAUGUACUCAGCGCCGGAGCCCACGGGACGGGAUUCCCCCACGCAGGGGCUACAGAAGAGCUUGCCCCUAUACAGAGUGCACCCCAUGCAGUGCGUGACCCCCUCCUGCCCCGGUGCCAAGCUCCAGGUGCCCAUCCUGGUGGUGGAAGAAGAGGAGAUGAAUGAAAGUGACGUGGGAGUGGGUGGUGCCGCCCCCCAGCUUAUAUAGCCGCGCUCCACGCGUGCUGCUGGCACUGCAGGCAGGUGUCCUGCCACAGACAUGAGUGGGAGCGCGGCAUGGAGCACUGUGCCCUCCUGAAUGCCACCCCUGCCGCCGCGAUGUGGGACCCCAACAUGUCCAACGUGGUGGCGGGGGAGAGGGGCCGGGGCAAUAGCAGCAGCCGGGCGGAGUGCGGGGGCUCCGUGUCCGUGGCUUUCCCCCUGUCCAUGAUGAUCACCGGCCUGGUGGGCAACUCUCUGGCCAUGCUGCUCAUCUACCGCUCGUACCGGGAGAAGGAGAGUAAACGCAAGCACUCCUUCCUGCUGUGCAUCGGCGCCCUGGCCCUCACCGACCUGACCGGCCAGCUGCUCACCAGCCCCAUCGUCAUCUCCGUCUACCGGGCCGGCCGCCAGUGGAGCCGGGUGGACCCCUCCGGGCACCUGUGCCCCUUCUUCGGACUGUGCAUGGCCAUGUUCGGUCUGUGUCCCCUCUUCAUUGGCAGUGCCAUGGCCAUAGAGCGGACCCUGGCCAUCAGGUGCCCGCACUGGUACUCCAGCCACAUGAGGACCGGGGCCACCGCCACGGUGCUGCUGACCAUCUGGGGGGCGGUGCUGGCCUUCGCCCUGAUGCCCAUGGUGGGGCUGGGGCAGUACACCCUGCAGUGGCCGGGCACCUGGUGCUUCAUCAGCACGGAUGACAGGACUCCCGGGAACAUCGUCUUCGCUGCCACCUUCGCCUGCCUGGGGCUCCUCUCCCUGGCCACCACCCUCUCCUGCAACCUGGCGACCAUCAGAGCCCUGGUGACCCGCUGCAAGAGCCGGGUGUCCGCCUCCCAGGCCAGCAGGCAGUGGGAGAGGAUAACGAUGGAGACCAUGGUCCAGCUGAUGGGAGUCAUGUGUGUGCUGUGUGCCUGCUGGGCACCCCUGCUGGUGAUUAUGCUAAAGAUGAUCUUUAAUCAUACCUCAGCUGAGCGUUGCGGGCUGACGCCUGCAGCGCAGAACUCCGAGCUACAGAAAGACUGUAAUUUCUUCCUCACCGCAAUCCGCCUAGCCUCCCUCAACCAGAUACUGGACCCUUGGGUUUACCUGUUGCUCAGACAGAUCCUACUCAGAAAGUUUUGCCAAGUAGCAAACGCAGUGUCCAGCUGUUCCAACGACGGACACAAGGAGCAGGUGAUCAUACUCACCACGGAAUCCAGAAAACCAGAGGGCUAAUCAGAGGCCAAAAUAUUUAUUUCCUUUUCUUUUUCGUUUUUCUUUUUAAAGACCGCGCAUGCUGGAAACGGGGGAAAAUUCAAAAAUAAAUUUGAAUGUGAAACGCGCCCAGCUGGGGCAAUAGUUCCAGAGACGGAACGUAACGCUGCUAAAUGGAUUUCUAUUUAUCCGCUGUGCCAAAUAUCUAAUGUACAUUUCUCAUGCAAAGAUUCGGAAAGGCACCCGGUGCGAGGUUGGUGCAUGCGAUACGAGCAUCUAUUGAUUGUGUAUGACGGCGAAGCACUGUUCCCAGAAGUGUGCAUGACAAAGCCUUAUAAUGAGCAAACGCCGGGAAAUAAAACAGUUUUUCAGA